AUGGCAAAUUCAUCCUAUCGACUCAAUUCAUCACUAAGCGAUGCUAAUUUUAAGCUCUCUUGUGAAGCUAUACAAUCGAAACUUGUUCAUCCAGACAAGUCUCUCGUAGACCAGAUUCUUGCUAGUGAUAAUCCACAAGAACCAGAAAUCAUUCUACCCGAUGAACAAAAAUUCUACUGGUAUCUCGCCAUUGGAAGUAUGAUCAAUCCUGUCUCGUUAUAUCUACGCGAUAUAAUACCAAUGAUAUCUUAUCCAGCAACGUGCAUCGACUAUAAGUUGAUUUUUCGAGGUUCCGGAGGUAUGGCUGAUAUAGAGGCGUGUUCUGGAGCAAACUUCGAUGGAGUCGUGCAUCUGUUAUCAAGUGAUCAUAUGGCCGCUUUAGACCGUCUUGAACUUGGCUACAAUCGAAUUACGGUCAAUUGCAUUGACUAUGAAGGACGUACUCAUAUCGUGUAUGCUUAUCAAAUGAAAUCCAAUAAAAACCCGGAAAGCUUUCCGCACGAACGUUAUUUGGACAUAAUAACCAAGGGUUGUGAGUAUUAUAAAGUUAGACCUGAAUAUACCAAUCGUCUUCGCAAUGAGCAACCUGUCGUGCCACGGAAACAACCACACGAGUUUCAAUCGUUUCAAGGUUUUCCUCCUGAUGUCUACUAUUCGGAAGAAGAGCUGAAAAAACACGAUGGAAGUGAUCCGUCAGUUCCAUUGUGGAUUUCCAUCAACGGGAAGAUUCUUGAGUAUGCUGGACUUCCACCAUCAGAUCAUCCUGAUCAUGAUUCGCAUCGAUUUCUCUAUUCUUACAUCAAAGACAAUCUAAGUGGACGCGAGGUAACCGAUGCAACGGCUAAAGCACUCUAUGAACCAAUGUUCAAACUGCCGUUAACCAGUGAUGACAUAUGCGAUGAACAUCGUGCGCAGAUUGAAGAUUCAUACUAUACGAGGAUUGCUGCUGGAGAACAAAAUAACUAUUGGAAACCCGUUGGACGUCUACGCUGUACAAAGAUCGAGAGUGUUUUAUGA